UGGCAAAACUGUACAUAUUUCUGCAACUUUCGAUAAAUAAUGCAUAAAAUAAAAUAUUUCAUUUCAUUUUUUAAACAAUAAAACGCAUGACGAAGUUUAUAUCGAUUUUGUUUAUCGUACAAAACUUGUUGGAUCCAUAGUUUAAAUGUUGUUUUACAGUGUUUUUUGCGGCUUGCUCUUAGGUGUAUUGGCUAUAAAAUCAGCGAGAAGAAUAUCUUUAAAUUCAGAACCCACUCACAAGCCCGAAGUAAUAUUCGCCGAUGUCAUAAAGAACAUAUCAAGAGUUAACAACGUACUACAAGAGUUGAUCAGCAACUAUGAACAAUUGCAAAAAAUAUACAAGUCUCAGGAAACCUUCGACAGGUCUGCCGAAACCUCAAGCGGAGGAGAAGUUCCUUAUAAAGUUAAUAAUAUUAGACAAGGAGUCAUUAAAAAAAAUCUCAGCCACAAGAAAAGUCGUUUCUUCCAAAACGAGCUUGGUGAAAAGACGACUACAACACCAUUUAAACACGAAACAGAAAUGAUACUUUCAGAUAUCGAUGUUGAUAAAAGUCGGGAAUUUAAAAUCAAUGCCGAUGGAAUCCAACGGCCUCCGAGUAAAAAACAGAUAGAACCAGUCAUGGAGAAUGCACCUUCUGUAAUACCAGUUUCAGGAUAUGAAGAAGAAACUACAGCUUCUACUACAAAAACAAGCCUGUCAUUGAUUCCGAUUCCAAUAGAUUCAUCAAGUAGUUUCGAGCAGGUACCUGAACAGAUGGCGCCGAGUAGAUCAACAAAACCAAAAAGACCUACACGGUCAAAGAUACCACGAAUACUUGCAUCUAACUUAGAAACGACACCAAAGACAACUAUGCCGACACUCCCACCAAUGAUGAAGUCUAACAACGUGCAGAAACAGGUGUUACCAGAAAUAAUAUUCGUGGACACUCACAAAAAAGUUAAGAAUAAAGCUGAAAGAAAGAAACCGCAUAUCAUGCCAGAGAUGGCGCUAGACCCAGUCAAAGCUCCGAAAACAAGAUAUAAUGUGAAAAGCGCUCGAGACAACACGGAUGACAGUUUGAAACAAUCGAAGAAGAUUGUUCAGUCACCACAGACUACUCUGAAAGAGGAAUCGGAUUCAGAAGAAGCUGCUGGCAGCAAACAAAAUGAAAAAGUGGAAGAAAAGGAUGUUGAAAUACAACCUCAGGAUGAGAAGCCAGCUCCUCCUAAUCCUCCUAAUUUAAGAACUAUUCUUAAAGUCAAUAGGACCGGAGUUAAAGAUAGAGCAAGCGACAAUACUUCCAUGGAAUUGUCAGAUGAUGAGGAUGAUGAAGCAUUAACCAAAGACAUGUUUAAGACAAGCGUUUUGAGGCAGGCUUACGGUGAUGCAUGCCUCAAACUAGUUGUCAGAAAAUGCUAUAAGGCGUGCAAAAAAGCGUAUAGUUCUUCGUGCAGAGCUGUCAGUUGCGGCUCAGAUCUAAAAGACGUCUUCGAUAGGAGCUCCCGAACGGGAUGCAUUAAAGAAUUCGUUUCUUGCAAUAAGAAGAAAUCUGACGACAACCUUUUACGCGAGAAACCUGGCUCUGAAGGGGUGCAUGCGGAUUUAGCAAAAGCUGGCUAUUUGUCAGUAGUAUGUCAACGUCACAUGGAAACAGGAACGUCAACAUCAACAACAAAAGGGGUUCUCCGAGAAGGCCCAACUACACCAGCACAGCCCGUAGACCAAGAACUAAACAUAUUAAGAGAUAGAUACGAGAAAGCCUGCUCAAAAAUCUCUGAAGACAAAUGCAAAAGUGCUUGCCAUUACGCCCAAAACGCUACUUGUGUGAAAUUCGAAUGUACUAAACGAUUGAAGAAGAAUUUUCGCAGGAAUUGUGGGACUCAAUGUAGACUGGCUUAUGCCAGUUCAGGGUCGAAGGACAGUGACAGCGACUCUGAUGGUGAUAGUGAUGAUAGUGGCAGUGAGAGUUCCGAUGACAGUGGCAGUGAGAGUGAGAGUGAUUAGUGAGUUUUUUGAGUUGAGUUUUGGUAAUAAAAGUUGU